ACGACRCACGCCUUCGUGACUACGUCAAUGAUACGUCUACGUAGUAAAAAAUAAUGGCUGCCUCUUGUAUGGACUAAGUCUUUCUCGAAUUUAUACUUUGACGAUGUCAUCAACCGACACACAGCAAGUGACAAUGCCAGACAUUCUGAAGACUGAGGCGAUCCCUGAGGAUCCAAAUAAACAGACAAUGUCAGAACUCCCAAAAAAUGACAAUAAGCCUGUGCUUCUGAUAAAAGACAAGAAAACAGAGCUUCUGAUGAAAGACAAGAAAACAGAGCUUCUGAUGAAAGACAAGAAAACAGGGCUUCUGAUGAAAGACAAGAAAACAGGGCUUCUGAUGAAAGACAAGAAAACAGGGCUUCUGAUAAAAGACAAGAAAACAGGGCUUCUGAAAAAGAAGAAGAAACCAGAGAUUCCGAGAAAGAAGAAGAAGAAGCCAGAUGAUCCCAGUAAGCCAGUUCCAUUAAACCUGAACAACGAGGUGGUGAGGAUGAGGAAGGAGGUGAAAAGGGUGAGGGCGCUGGUCAUCAGGAAGUUGACCAGGCAGAUGGCAAGUCUGAAGAAAAGGAAGGGGAAGGAAGAAGAUCUGGAGAGGAACCGGAGGAGGGUAGGCAGACUGCUGGAAGAAAUCCAUGAGAUGAAGACACUCAAACCUGAUCCGGUGACCAAGGCUGCCCUCCAGAAGAACCUGAGUUUUGAGUUUGUCUGUAAGAACCCAAAGGCCACCAUUUCUGACCGAGCUGUAGCCCGUAUCGCCACUCACCCCCAGUUCAGCAAGAAGAUAGACACCAUCAAAGCUGCCAUUAAAGCCUUCAAGGAUGAGAGGAUGAUAGUAGAGAAAGGAGACGAGAAGGGARCGGUUAAAAAGCAGCCUUUAAAGGUGGUAGAGGUGAUCGAGCAGCCGAAGGACAGUGAUGGAGAAGGAGGGGUGGAAGRUGAAGAGGGGAAGGAUGAGGAGGAAGAUGGAACACCCGCGGAGAGCCAGAGUCUAACGGUUGACGAACCAGCUGUUAUAGAAAAGCAACCCGUUGAUAAGACUGUCAGGGUUACAGAAGAAGACAUUUCCACGAUAGAGAAUAAAGAAUCGGCCAUAGAGAAUACAGUAGCUGAYCCUCAGCCCAAGGAGAUGUCAGAGGCCGAUAAGACUCUGGUGGACUCAUCCACUCCAUUCACAAUAGAGGCCCCACAAGUAGUACCUACAAAGAACAUAGUAACCAUGAAAAACACACCACAGAAGCAAGUAGUCCAGAAACUCACAAAGGACACUCCAGCCACUCAGAAGACUCAAGACCCCAAACCCCAGAAAGUCACUAAACCGCAAAUUAAGGAUGUUAAAAACAAGCAGGAUGAUGAAGAAGAGGAUUCUGAUGAUGAUGAGGAAGAGGAGAGYGACUUGGAGUCUUCGGACGACGAGGAGAAGGAGUAUUUUGACGACAGCACGGAGGAGCGUUUCCGUAAGCAGUCCUCCCAGUCGGAUGAAAGCGACAACGAYGAUUUCUUCCUGGGGAAAGUCGCCAAGUUCAAAAAGAAGAGUGACGCGGCUACAGCGCCACCAGGUGGAGGGGAGGGGAAGAGCAGCGAACUGGGGAAAAACCCACUGCUGGAACCACUGGAGAGCUUAAACCCACACCAGACUGAACUAGAUGAGCUAGAGGCCAGACAGAACUUCAGGGGGAGGUCUGUCUUCUGCUCCAGUCUGUCUGGUUCCAGAGGUGGUAGAGGYGGAGGCAGGGGUAGAGGCGGAGGCGGAGGCAGGGGUAUGGGCCGAGGAGGGGGUAGGGGAGGGGACUUCAAAAACCGGGGAAGAGGGGGAGAUGAUGGCCCGUCUCGGGGUCCUGGGUCACAUGAUAGGGGUUCUGGGAGGGGAAGGGGGGACUUUGGGAGGCAACGGGAAGGCAGAGGGUUCUCCUCCACCUCUUCAUCUCAGCCACCACAACAGGCCCUGCACCCGUCAUGGGAGGCCAGUAAGAAGAGGAAGGAGCARCAGACCGUAGUAGUGGCCUUCCAGGGAAAGAAGAUCAAAUUUGAUGAUUGAGCUAAGGCAGGGCGAUAUGGCCAAAAUGUAUCACAAUAUUUUUGAUGGUAUUUGACAGUAUUUUAUGUUUUUAAAUAAUAAAAGUUCUCAAUUUGCUGUAUGAGUUGUGCAUGACCCUAGGGUAGAAACACAUACCUUCUAAAAUGAUUUCAAUGAGGCUUUCUCCAUUUUGAUUGGUUUAUACUGUUCAAUCAAAUUUUAAACAAAAGUUGAUCUGACAAUAAAAUCUAGGCCUUAUUCUUAAACAAAUAUUCCAAUUGYGAUUUUGACUUGCGAUUUAGAUUUWAAAAAACACUUGGGUGAACAGUUGGAAUCAUGAAAAUAGAAUGAUUAUACUUAUUAUAUAGUUAGAAUGUACCAACUGGGCACAGACGUCAAUUCAACAUCUAUUCCGCAUUGGUAAAAUGUCAUUUAAUUGAAAUAACAUGGAAACAAUGUUGAUUCAACCUGUGUAUGCCCAGUGGGUAAUAGAGGCACCUUUAAUACAGUGUUUAACAUAACAACGAAGGAAAAAGGCAGGGAGGUGUUCAUGGAAUUGAGAAUUAGAAUAGCUUACCAAUAGGAUCUCUAUGGAGGUGUUAUUUUUGACAGGGUAGGAACCAAAGUGUUGGUCAGUGUUUCCCAGAGGAGUGGGUUCUUGUAAUCUUUGGCUACAUUUAAGAUGUCCUCCAGUGAUUUUUGAACUUUUGCUGUUGAAAAGCAAUAUCCUAAGCAGAAAUACAGUAAUGUACAUACAUCAAAGGGUAAAAAAAAAAAUGUUUUCAGCAGAAUAGUGUUUUUUAAGACAACUGCAAACUUCAAGGAUUUGGUUUGAGGGGAAGCGGGGAUGUCAUUGGUCUCCCCCUUUGCUUGAGAAACAAAGGCGCAAUAUAAAACAAGGCAAAGAAAAAGCCAUAUCUC